GCCAUUGCUGUGUAUUUAGGCUGAUACCUAGGGUUCAUACGGUUCUUAUAACCAAGCACAAUAUACAAUAAUUAUAAUUGAAUCUUUCCGUGGACAUACAACACUUUUCGCAUCACCACCAUCAAUCGCAUUUGAUAUCUCAUCUCUACAAACGCGACGAUGGCAGCCAAACAUCACAAUGACAGACCAUCACUUGUCCGGUGGUACAUCGACACUCGGUCACUGACAUCAAGUACCUCCACCCUCCCACUCCUCGAAACCCUCCAACCACCGGACCAAGAAACAGUCAAGAAAUACUACCAAUUACCGGACAAACACAUGUCCCUGGCAUCCUAUCUAUUGAAAUACUUCUUCAUCCACAGAACCUGUCGCAUCCCAUGGGAAGAAAUUCACAUAAGCCGCACACCAGCACCGCACCGUCGGCCUUGUUUCGUCACUACUAAAUCCUCCCACCAGGCCAUUCCCAAUGUUGAAUUCAAUGUUAGCCACCAGGCGUCUCUUGUCGCGCUUGCGGGAACUAUCUAUUCGCCAUCGAAUUCUUCAUCCGAGGUGGUUUACACACAGCCGGUUCCUUCUGGGGCCCCUUUAUCGUCCGUACCACAAGUCGGGAUCGAUAUUACAUGUGCAGAUGAAAAACGAGGGAGCAGAGCGUCCAAUCCUCCAACAACACAUGACGCACUGGCUGAAUUUGUCGACAUUUUUGCUGAAGUCUUCUCCCCGCGUGAACUGAAGACAAUGAAGAACGCACGCGGGCCAACAUUACCACCUGGACCACAAAGGAAUGCGGCAGAGGUCCAGUACGGCCUAUGGAUGUUUUACACAUACUGGGCGUUGAAAGAAGCUUAUAUAAAGAUGACAGGCGAGGCACUCCUGGCUCCCUGGCUGAGGGAGUUGGAAUUUACUGAUGUUAUUGUUCCGCAAGCAUCUGAUGUGACGAAGCAAUGGGGCCGGCCGUAUACGGGGGUUAAGACAUUGCUGCAUGGGAAGCUGGUGGAGGAUGUGCGGGUUGAGAUUGUGGCAUUUGGGAGGGAGUAUCUCAUUGCGACGGCUGUGAGAGGCGCGGGGAUUGGAGCCGGGAGUCAUGUGUUGGAUGGUGUAGAGGGUGCUGACCCGUGGGAGUCUUUGGAGAGUGUUGACAUUGAUAAGGACAUCACUGCAUGUGCGACAGGCUUGUGUCAUUGCUUAGAGCAAUAGAGUGAUUCCCUACGGCGCUAUUUCUGUGUACAAGAAUAUUCGGCAUUCUCACAUGGUUUCAAUUUUAGGCCACACGCGGUUUACUUGUUAUAAAUAAUAAAAGGCCAAAGUUAUUCUUAUCCUUCGUUAUAAAAUAAAAACAUUCCAUCAUCUGCGCAUGGAGCCUCCCGGACUAGCCAUAGUGCGCCUGAUUGAUACGUCCAUGCUGGGGGCCGAAGAGCGGAUUCGGUGUGUUAUGCUCGGAGGUUUGAGCGGCGUCCUUAAGAGUUCCUGCAUUUUGUUAGUUUAGGAAGGUUGGAGUAAUUAUAGAGCAGGUGAGGCCACCUGAUGUAGUGGGAACAGAGGAUGGAUUGUCCUUGGUCAUGACGCAUAGCAGAAGGGUUAUCAGAUAAGAUCGUACCUGUCAAUCAGUGCUUCCCAAAGUACCAUUAUGGCAUCAUUUCAAUAAGCUCCGUAUAGGAUGAGACCCAGAACGAGUCAU